CUUUUAAAGAGCACAUUGGUUGCUAAGAUCCAUACAAAAUUUUCAUCAGAGCUUUGACCACGACAAGCCUCUUCCUCCACCUCACUUCUUCUUCUGUCUCACCACUUUCUCUCUCCCAUCUCUUCCAACCCUCAAAAGCUGCAAUAUUUAUUUGUUUUUUCCUCUUCUACUUCAUCUUCCAACUUCUCUAGCCCUUCUCCAUUGUUUUCCAUUCUGAAAUCACACCACACUGCAACAAAAACCAUUCUUUUUCUGUUUACAGCACAGUGGCUUUUUCUAAACAAGCUUUGAUGGCUGUGCUCAUCAUUUUUCACCUGCUUGCAAUGUUUGUCCCUGCUUUGGGAGCUGUCUCACUUGUGGAGCUGAAAAUUAUAGCUAAAUGUAAUAGCUGGCUGUCUUCACAAGUAGACAGAUGCUUUUAUCGGUGUGAACAUUGGUACAGCUGUGACUAACAUGCCAAGUCCAACAGAAGUUGUGGCCCUUCUCAAGACUCAAGGUAUCCAACAUGUUAGACUAUAUGAUGCUGACAGAGCCAUGCUUCGUGCACUAGCCAACACAGGAAUCCGUGUAAUUGUUUCUGUUCCCAAUGACCAGCUUCUCGGCAUUGGUCAGUCCAAUGCCACUGCUGCCAAAUGGGUUGAACGCAAUGUCAUAGAUCAUGUUCCUUCUACCAACAUUACUGCCAUAGCAGUUGGUUCUGAAGUGCUGACAUCCCUCCCAAAUGCAGCUCCUGUUCUAGUUUCAGCAUUAAAAUUCCUUCAAGCUGCUCUAGUUGCAGCCAAUCUUGAUCAACAAAUCAAAGUCUCUACUCCACACUCUUCUUUUAUCAUCCUUGAUUCUUUCCCACCCUCUCAGGCAUUUUUUAAUAAAACUUGGGAUCCUGUCAUGGUUCCCUUGCUCAACUUUUUGCAAUCAACAGGUUCCUAUCUUAUGCUCAAUGUGUACCCUUAUUAUGAUUUCAUGCAACCCAAUGCUGUAAUCCCUCUAGACUAUGCUUUGUUCCGGCCCUUGCCUCCUAAUAAAGAAGCUAUAGAUUCCAACACCAUGCUGCAUUAUACUAAUGUCUUUGAUGCUGUUGUUGAUGCUGCUUAUUUUGCAAUGUCAUAUUUGAACUUUACCAACAUUCCUAUUUUAGUCACCGAGUCAGGUUGGCCCUCCAAAGGAGAUUCAUCCGAGCCAGAUGCAACUAUUGAUAAUGCUAACACUUACAAUAGUAACUUGAUCAGGCACGUCCUUAACAAUAGUGGGACUCCUAAGAAACCUGGAAUUUCAGUUAGCACUUAUAUUUAUGAGCUUUAUAAUGAAGACUUGAGAACAGGUCCAGUGUCUGAGAAUAAUUGGGGUCUGUUUUAUGCCAAUGGAGCUCCAGUGUAUACCUUGCACUUGACUAAUGCUGGUACUGUAUUUGCAAAUGAUACAACAAACCAAACCUUCUGUGUUGCCAAGAGUAAUGCAGAUACUAAGAUGCUUCAGGCUGCACUUGAUUGGGCUUGUGGACCAGGGAAGGUGGAUUGUUCUCCAUUGCUUCACGGUCAACCCUGUUAUGAUCCAAAUAGUGUGGCUGCACAUGCUACAUAUGCUAUCAAUGCUUAUUAUCAGCAGAUGGCUAAAUCUGCUGGGACCUGUGAUUUCAAAGGAGUUGCCUCUGUAACCACUACAAAUCCAAGUCACGGUUCCUGCAUAUUUCCUGGAAGUCAUGGAAAAAAUGGUAGCAGCAUAAAUGGGACAUCAUUGGCUCCAUCUACCAAUUCCACAAAUUCAGGGUGCUUGUCACAGAAUUACAAUGGUGGAUCUUUAACAAGCUCUCUGAUUCUUACUUUAAUUUUGAGUGUAGCUGUCUUAUAAAACUAGGCACAUUACCUGUUCAGCAUUUGAGUCUUGCAUACCCAAUUUUGUUUUCCUCAUGUAGAGUAUUUAAAGGGUGGCGAGGUUGGUCAAAAUGUACAUUUCCAAUUGUAACGUGAGUUUAUUAUUCAAUUUUUGUACAAACAAACCAGAAGAAUUUAUUUAAACCGUUGAUGUAA